ACUUUUAAGUGGACUGGAUUAUUUCCGAACGACGUCAAUAGCAAAGAGGGGUCCCUUGUCUACCUUAAGAGGAUGCUGGCUGUGGCCGUGUCAACCAUCACCUACCUCAGAGGCAUUUUACCUGAAAAUGCCUACUGUACCAGAUACUUGGAAGAUGUGUGCUUCAAGAUUUUGCGAAAGGACAGCAGCAUUCCUAGAGCCAGAAAUGUUGUCAAAUGGUUGUUUGGCUGUUUUGAUGCACUGGAGAAACAAUAUCUUGAGGUUGUGUUCAUUGGGGUAUACACCGAACCCGACGAACCAAAUUGCAUCAUUGAGUCUUACAGUUUCAAGUUCAAGUACAGAGAGACAGGUCCGGAAAUGGAUAUACUGAGGACCAAUGGUGUCAAAUUGAAGGUGACAUUGGAAGACACCAAGAGAGCCACCGUGGUACUUAUCAGGCAGCUCUCCCUGCUCAUGCAGAACCUCAAUGUCCUUCCUGACCACAUCCACAUGAGCAUGAAGCUCUACUACUACGACAACGUCACACCGGCACUCUACGAGCCGCCCGGCUUCAAGGAGGGUAGGUGCGACAGCCUGUGGUUCGAAGGCACGGCCGUGCACUUCGAAGUGGGCGACGUCCAGACGGCCUUGCACGCCUUUCACGUGCGAGUUUCCGCUGACACAAGUCGGCUAGGGAAUCUUGGAGACAGAAAGAAGCCGAUCGAUACCAAGCCGACCGACGCCUCCGGGAAAGAAAACAUCGAGGGCCCCGGCGAGAUCGUGUGCGUCGACGAUGAGAAGCCCUUCGGAGAUGAGUCGGCGCCGUUCAAAGAUCCCGAAAUCAAGGUAUGCCACAUUCCAAGCACGCUGGCACAAAGCGCUGGCAGGAUGCCUUCUUUGACUCUAUGUCCAUUUUAG